AGAUGUGCUUAAGAUUUCUUACAGUUGCCACUUGCCGUACAUAAACUUUGUGUAAGCGUGUUACUGCCAGUAAAGUUUAGUGGUAAAAUUUGUUCCGUUGAACCAAAAGUGUCAUACAAUUUGUGAAAAAAAUGGUGUUUGCAUAUGUUUACGUUCACAAACAAACUCCAAAUAAGUCGUAUCAAGUUAUACAAACGGAUUGGUUACAAAAUUUUGAUCUUGGCACGUUUAUUUGCAAAGAUGAACAAACAAGAUCAUCUAAACCAUAUCUCCUUCGUAAGCCAUCUGAACAAAAUGUUCAUUUGACUUGUCAGGUUAUUACAAUUUCAGAAACUCGCAGCGGUAUUGAAAAAUCAAUAGAGCUGAAGCGCUGGCAUAUUCCAAAAUUAAGUAAAUCUACUAUUGACGAUGUAUGUGAUGAAUCUGAUGACUCUAAUAAAUCAAAUGGAAGUGAACAAGAAAAACAAUCAAGAAAAAUUAAGAAAGUUCAACAAACAGCAGCAGGAUACAAUGCACAACAAGCGAUUACAUCUAAAUUCAAGCGAAUAAAUCAUAGAAUCUACAGUAGUGAUGAAGAAGAUUACGAGAAUGAAUUUGAAAAUCCCAGUGAAACAAUGCAGCAACGAAAAAAAACCAAAAUAUCUCCUCGAGAAGUCAUUGAUGCCCAUGUAAAACAUGCUAAAAAAAGUCAAAAUACUGCAGAGAAGUCAAAAUUCUUUUCACCCCUUCCCACUGAGCAAACCAAUAUAUUCAAUCCAAAAAUCACAUCAUCCCCAAAGGACAAGGUUGGCAAAGGUGAUAUGAUUUCACCUCAAGAGAUAUUUCUCAACGAGGAUCCUCUAUCAUUGGAUUAUGAAGAAUGUAAUGAAAAUGAGUCCAAACAAUCCUUAGAAAUAUUGAAUUCAAGCUCGACUGGCAAUUUCUUGGAUGCUGAAAAAUAUGCUCAGUAUUGGAAACAAAAAUAUGACGAUCUUCUGAAGUCCAAGUCAUUUCCAAUAACAGAAAAAACUGGACUAAAACUCAUCGAAAUACUUGAUCGAUUUGAUUUGCAAAAACCAUUCAAUGAUUUGGUUCAACAGUCCAGCCAGAAAUCAACUGUUGAUGAAAUAUCAGUUUCAGAUAAGACAAUGCUUAUGACUGCACCUAGUAAAGAUGGAGUUAAGCCAAAAAAAAAUACAGUUACUGAUAAUUUAGAAAAUAAACAGCCUUCAAAUAUACCUGAGAUUAACGAAUUAUGCAACAAAACUUUCAACUCUGCAGCUGACUGUGCAAAAUCAAUAGUGCGAUCAAUAUGGACUCAAGAAGAAUUAAAGGAUCGAGUUGUACGUCAGACUCGAGGUAUUUCAAAAAAGGUUUUAACUCCAGAAAAAGUGGUGAAAGGAAAAGAAAUGUUUGCAAGCUGGCUAAAAAAAGUCGGUUACAUGAAAGAUGCCCGGAACAUAGAGUUAAAGCAAUUUAAUACCCAUAUAGGACGGGUUAUUGAUGGUGCCAAAAAAGUGGAUGCUAAUAAACUAAAAAGAAAAUUAGAAAUUGACACAAAUGGUACACCACCGGAAAAAACGCCAUCCAAGGAUCUUUGUGAAAAAUCUAACAAUGAAUAAGAUAAAUUCGAAGGAGUUGUACUUGUAAAAGCUACGAGGUACCUUUUUUUAGUUCCUUUUUUAUUUUUGAUAUGAAAUAGUAAAUGAUAAAUAAAAUUUAUAAAAUUCUGUGAGUUAUUUUUUUUCCUUUAUUCUUUUCGAAGUCUAUUCUGAAGAAACCGCGGAAAAAUUAUCUCCGCGUGUCUUUUACAGAGAAAUAUUUCCGAACGUCUCUUCACCCGAGUCGAUUCGGAGAAAUUUCGGAAAAAAUUUCUCCGCGUGAAUGACACGCGGAGGAAUAUUUCCGAAUGUCUCUUCACGCGAGUCGAUUCGGAGAAAUUUCGGAAAAAAUUUCUCCGCGUAAAUGAUACGCGGAGAAAUAUUUCCGAACGUUUUUCCACCCAAGUCGAUUCGGAGAAAAUUCGGAAAAAAUUUCUCCGCGUAAAUGACACGCGGAGAUACUUUCUCCGCGGUGAAAUUAUUUCUUUAUCACGUUUCUGCGCGUGUGUUUUUUUCGUGAAGAAAUAUUUCCGAACGCUUCUUCACCUAAGUCGAUUCGGAGAAAGUGCGGAAAAAGUUCGGAGUAAUUUUUCCGCGUCGAAAAAGAGUUCUCCACUUAUUUCUCCGCAUGGGUCAAUUUGGGAGAAAUUCGGAGUAAUCGCGGAGAAAUUCGGAGUAAAUGCGGAAAAAUUCGGAGUAAUCGCGGAGAAAUUCAGGAGAAAUCGCGGAGAAAUAUUUUCACCAGGGU